CUUAAGAAUGGGCUGACUUUGUACAUAUAAAAAUAUAAACAGUAGGCCUAUGUCUUAACUGAGUUACUAUGCUGACUAUACUCGUUAAACCCUGUGCACGAGCGCCACGCGCAAUGUCUCAACAGAGCCACAUGACGUGUUUACUGACACAGAUCGGGAGCGCGCACUGCUGUAGCGCGGGUCUCUCCGCUCGCUCACGGAUUUUCUUCGCGGACGCGCUUUGGCAAUAUCAACACAUAUGUGACUGUCCAUAUCUCUGUUCAUAUAGCAUGUAAACACUCAGUUAUAGUGCACUAUAAUGUAAAAAAAAAUCAUCCUGCUUGAUUGAUCAAGUUAUGACAUGUAUGAGUAACAUAAGCUUUCUCUGUGUGCAUCACUGUAAAUAUAGGUCUCUACAGUCAUCUAGUGUUUACACGCGGUGUUACAGAUGAUAAAUGUCCUCUUCUACAGACAGUGUUUCUGUUUUCAGCUCCUGGUUCUCCGUCUCCUCUGUGUCUCUCCAUUUAAACCAGUAGACCCUGACUUUAAAAGCAGAACGUUUUGGGCACUUUGGUUUUUUUAAGACGAGUUUUGUUUGUUUUGUAAGAUGAGAGAUUGAUAUUUGAUAUGUUUUUCCAGCUCUAGUUCUACAUGUUGAUUCAUGCGAAGGGGAGGAGCGUUUUCAUGUCAGAAGCAGAAGAAGAAAGAAUCUGAUCAAACCUGAGCUGCAGCUGACUCCUGAAGCAUGUUGAUGUUGAUGUUGAUGUGAUCUGAGACGCAGUGAAGAUGGCAGAAGUGACUAAAACUCUUCCUGAUAUUUUCAUUUUUGACUCCAGUCCAGAUGAUGCAGUGAUGCGGAUUCUUCUGAUGGGCAGAAACACUUGUGGGAAAAGCUCGUCUGGGAACUUGAUCCUGGGAGAAAAGAGGUUUAAAAGGCAUGAAUCUGAAGUGUGUGAGGGUCAGACUCAGAUCAGAGGGAAGCAGGUCUCUGUGAUUGAUUGUCCAGAUCUACUGGAUCCAGAUCUGAAUGAAGAGCAGCUGGAGAAGAUGAGAGAGCAGCUGCUCUCUGGAUGUUCAGCAGGUCUCAGUUCAGUUCUGCUCACCGUUCCUCUGGAGAAACCUCUGCAAAAUGAGCAACAGAUCCUGGAUUAUAUUGAGUGUUUGUUUGGUCCUGAAGUUCAGAAGUACAUCAUGAUUCUGUUCACACAUGGAGAUGAUCUGGAGGAUCUGGAUCAGACCACUGAUGAACAUCUGAAACCCAAAGAUCAUGAGGAUCUGCAGCGACUCGUGACUGAAUGUGGAGGAAAGUCUCACUGUUUCAGUAAGAUGAAGAAAGUGAAGGGUCAAGUUGAAGAUCUGCUGCAGAAGAUUGAAGGAAUGAUGACGGAGAACGGAGGGAGAUUCUUCAUCAAACAGAUGAAGAGGAGCGACAGCAUGGACGUUCUUAAUGUCAGCUUUUCAGGAAAGAGUUUACCAUAUCCAGUCUCCAGAUGAAGCUGAUGCAGUUCCUGAGAGGAAAGACCAGAUCAGACUGGCUCUGAUGAGAAAAACUGGACUCUGUAAUAGUGCUGCAAACACAUCAUGGAUAUCAAACAGUGUCCGUGAGAAACUACAGUCUCAGUGAUUACGAAACACAAGACUCCUAAAGCACUUCUGUUCUUAUCAGCGAUGUAUUAAAUCAUGCAGCGAUCACAGUAAUACACGAUCACUGCACGAGCUGCCAGUGACUCUGAACAACUGGAAUAAACACACCCUUCUUUCUCAUGAUGUUCUCUGUUCAUAUAAAGUGCUUUCUGUGUCGCUAUCCAGAGGAGUGAGUUUCCUUUCAGAGGGGCAUCGGUCAAAUAUCAGAACACUGAAAGAAUAAAGUUGAUUUAUUGUGAUUCUGAGCGCUGUCUGUGUCUGUGUUUGCUGUUGAACUCAACUGUGUUCAAGACUCAUCUGUCCAUCAAUCUCAGCACAAAGAUAUGAAGGCAUGCAUGUGUGUUGUUUCUGAGUUAUUGUUUUCAUCACACAUCUUCACUCUUGCUCAGAGGAGCGUCUGAAGCUGUUCCCUGUUCUGGAGAUGAUCUGUCUUCAGAAGUCAAACG